GUGUGUGUAUGUGUUUUACACCUGCCACUUCUUCUUCUGUCCUCCAGUUGUCCAGCUACCCCUCAAAGUUUUUUAGCACAUGGAAAGCAGUUGGCACCUACCAACGGAGGUCUUCUUCAUCUGUCCGGAGCUGAGAAAGUCCGCCCAAGUGCGAGCAGACGCACAGCUGCAGAGGGACAGUGGAUCCAGGACAGAGCUACAAAGACCGAGGGCCACAAAGGAAGACUGCUUUAAAGACUGCCUGAGCUUAAGGAUUAGGGAAAACUCUUAUUUAAAAUUCAAAUAUUAUUCAUAAAAUAAUUACAGCAGGUGCUGCAAUACAAUCUGGUUCGAUUAGUCCUCCGUGUUCGAAGCGAGCCUGGGAAAACCAUCGUCAUGGAGCUGCAGCACAGCACCAAUCACAACCAAGCCUCGUGGAAAGAGAUACCGUGGAACUCGACCGAGGACUGCUCGCUGUCGGUGAGUGGCACCACGUUACUCAUCAUUGCUUACAGUACAGUCAUGGCAGUGGGGCUCAUUGGAAACUCCUGCCUGGUGUUUGUCAUCACACGGCACAAAGAGAUGCACAACGUGACCAACAUCUUUAUUGUCAAUCUGUCCUGCUCAGACAUUCUCACGUGCAUUAUAUGCCUGCCGGUCACUAUUAUCUACACACUGAUGGACCACUGGAUCUUAGGAGAGACCCUCUGCAAGCUCACACCUUUCAUCCAGUGUAUAUCAGUCACUGUCUCCAUCUUCUCCCUCGUUCUGAUCGCCAUGGAGCGCUACCAGCUUAUCGUCCACCCAACAGGAUGGAAACCCAUGGUAGCUCAGUCCUACCUGGCUGUGGCUAUCACCUGGAUUGUGGCCUGCAUGAUCUCAGUGCCUUUGCUUUCCUACAACGUACUCACUUUGCCUUUUCAGAACUUCAGCACUCCACUCCCAAUAAAUGACAACUUUAUUUGCAUGGAGCAGUGGCCGUCAGUUAAGGAACGGCGAGCUUACUUCACCUCCCUGCUCGUCUUUCAGUACUUCCUCCCUCUUGUCCUCAUCAUGGUCUGCUACCUGCACGUCUACCUUCGCCUGAGGAGAAGGAAGGACAUGGUGGACCGCGGCAGGAACACCGCUCAGAAAAAGAACAAGGGCUCCACGAGGAUCAAUGCCAUGUUAGUCGCCAUAGUCGUGGCCUUCGCCCUCUCCUGGCUCCCCCUCAACGUCUUCAACACGGUGUUUGACUGGCACCACGAGCUCAUCCCGUCUUGCAGCCAUGACAUCAUCUUCUCGCUGUGCCACCUCACUGCCAUGAUCUCCACCUGCGUCAACCCGAUCAUCUACGGUUUCCUCAACAGCAAUUUCCAGAAACAGCUCAAGUCCACGCUGCUGCGCUGCCGCUGCUGGGGCGUGGUGGAGAGGUACGAGAGCGUGCCGCUCUCCACCGUCAGCACAGAGGUCACCAAGGGGUCGAUUUUGAGCAAUGGCUCUGUCAGCAACAAUACGUAAAUCCAUGCCUUUUUUUUCUUUUUCUUUUUUUUUUUUUAACUGAAAGACAAAGAAAGCAGCUGGUGCUCUUCAGCCUUCAUUGUGUCACUCUGCGGAGAUUUUCUUUCUUUCUUGGUUUGACAUUUGCAAAAGGUAGAAACCUCAGGACGGCAGUCCAGAAGGAGCAGGCUGAAGAGCCCUAAGCAGGAUGGCAGGUUGCCCUCCAAUCAGUAUGAGUCCACAUGUAAGAGGAAAGAGAGAACGCAGUGAUGGUGCAAAGGUUGGACGGGUUUACAGGACACUUACAGUACGUAUAGUCUUUUCCCCCACGUGCUGUCGCAUAUAAAAAUGAGGAGAUGCCUUUUUACUCUGUUACACCAUGUUUUCUCUCUGCAAUGAUCUGCUUGGAAAUCACGUUUAAAUGCAUAUUAGCUGUCUGGCUUUAACACUUCCACCUGCUCUAAAUGUGGCGAACCCCAAGAGAGUGCUGGAAGGACAACAAAAGGCGGGUGGGUCGUGGAGCAGCAAAUGUUGUUUUCAGUUUUGCGGGUUUUUUUGUGGUUUUUUUCUGGUGUUAAUAGUGAUGACGAAAACAUCGAGGGGUUGUGAACCGCAACGUGUAAAUGAUUAUCAACAGAGUAGCUUAGAAUACAACCGAAGGAGGGAACAUUUGUGCAUUAGACGUAGCUCUAGGCGGAGGACUUACUGGCAUCAUUUUAAUGCAUUUCUUAUUACCUAAACCCGCCACCGUCGUCGCUUUAAUGGUCUUUUGCAGAGAACCUUGGCAAAAGCUGCAUGCAUUUCAUGCUGUUUGACGCGUCCAUGCUCCUGUGUGUAUAUAUACAGAUGUUUAGGGGCAUAGGGGGGUCAUAAAAUGUGCCACACGGCCACCAUUUCUCAAUCGCAAUAAAACAAAAUAGAAGUGGCAGUAAAGGACAAGAGCGGGCUCCUUCCGUUGCAUAUAAGAUAAAGCACAGUUAUAGCGUGUGGUGUGCAAUAAAAAGCACUGUGUAGCAUAGCACGAUAGAAAGUAUCUCUAGGAAACGUGUUGUUGUAAUAUUUGGUUCAUGUUUAGCUCUUGUACUGACUUUUUUUUUUUCUCUUUUCUUUGUUUCUGCCUUGCUUUACAUGCUGGUUUGAAGCUGUCACCUUGCAGGUCAAGUUACCCAGGAAAGUAAAUGCUACCCUCUGACCAGAAUGCUGGUCAGUUAGCACUGGUUUGAUAUGAUAUCUUUUUUGUGUUAUAUAGUGUACAUAGGGGGGGGAAAAACCCUCCAAACCCUUCAACUUCUAAAUAUUAAAUAUUUCAAACUCUUUGUUUCUUUCUGAGGUCAAAUUCUGUGUGCUGCCUCUGUGUGCAUUAUUUAGAAGGGGAAGUCUGAGAUCACAACACAUUUUAGAUGCGCUCGUAGUGUUGAAUAAAUCAGUGUUGUGUUUGGUGCAAUAGAUGUUAAACAGCACGGGGAGGGGAGGAAAGUGUAUGAGAGAUCAAUGGGAAUUAGUGCUGAAUAUUCAUAUUCGGGGAAUGCCUGCUAACGCUCAUGCUUCGUCCUGUCUGAAAGGAAGAUCAAAGACCAACUGCGAGAGAUGGAGAAGGGAGUUUGUUUUUUUUUUUUAUUUAUUUUUAAUUUAUUUUAUUUUUGCUGCCAGGUGCCUUGUAGCUUUUAUGAUAUUUCAGGAGGUCGAGUGUUAGAUGUUUUCACACCUUACAAAGAGCCAAACCUGUUCACCUGCCAAGCCGUUUUCCAAAAGGCAGCUUAGCCCUGAAGAGAGCUCUCGGGUCCUUGUCAGCAUAAUUGACUGCAUGCUUCUGCUGGCCUGUGCUGCCCUUUGCUGACUUCCAAUCCCCUCUCCUUUCCCAUAUUUCACUCCUCUAGUCUGCCUUUCCUUUCAGAACACCAGCCGAGUGAAGCAGAAGUGUUCAUUUUUUUUCCCCCCUUGCAAUAAAGGACCCAAGAUGCCGGAGGUAGUUGCAAACUCCAGUGGCACUUGACAACGAGUGGAACCUAAAUUAGCCCCCCUUUUUUUUGUUACAUUGUUACCCAUUGUAACCCAGUCUACAAGCACAUUACUGCACUAUGAAAUGAAGCUCAGCUGGAGACAAAUACUUAAUGAGUCCACAGGGCCAGUCUCUCCUUGUCAGUCGAGCUGUUCCAGGAAGACUGGGAUCUUGGCUCUGUGCAUUUUAAUUUAGAGAGAUUCUCAUUUUUUUUUAAAAAGGGAAAAAAUAAAAAAUCUCUCCAGAUCACAGGAACAACGUGAACUAGUUGGCCAGAGAUUUGCUCAAGCUGUUGUUUUGAGCAUUUCAAUUCUCCUCAGUCAUAUUUUUGCUUUCCUUUCAACAGUGAGAAUGAUGUAUAAUUCAUCCUGCUUUACCUUGUGUCAAUAUUCAUAGCAAGAGGAUCAAUAUUACAGUGGAAAUUUGAGGGGUUUGUGCUGCCUGUGCCAAAGGAUUUGUGAAGAAUUACAAUAUAGAUGUGCUACAGAAUGAUUUUUCAGCUCAUACUCAUUGCUGCAAUCUCAUGAGACAAAGUCAAUGACACCUCUGAUCCUGGCUGAGAAAGAACUAAUCUUUAGAUUUUGGCAGAUGAAAGGGUCAAAGGGAGACCAGCUGCUGACUUUCGAAUCCCGUCCUGGUGUUAUGCAAAUACCGACAUCCGUGAGACAUGUAGGUUGCUCAUUUACAGGUCAAACACAUAGAUCGGCUAGGUCAAUAUUUUCUUGUUCCCUUAUCAUUCUGCUGAAUUGCCCUAAUGAUCCUCCCACCUUGUGUUCAUCAGAUCUUGCAGGGAAGCUUUAUCUCUAGUGACGGUUCCCAGUUUCAUCUGCUUGUUAGCACAGACACCAUGACGGCGUGAAUACAUGACCACCUCCAGAAUACAAUUCUGCGUGUCUCCGGUAUUAUAAUACAUCUGGAAAUUUUCUUUGUAGACUGCAAGAUAUUUCUUGCCUUCAUUUACCUAUGUGUCUUCUGUACUAUUCAAAAUAACACACACACAGUUGCUUCUUGCAUAAUGCAAGCAGACUUGACGGCUUGGAAUAGCAACUCCCUGAUUGGUGUCGGCCAGGUUGUCCUCACGAUUUUCUGUUGCGUGCAUGAAAAGAUAGAUAGAUAGGGUCUUGGCCUCUGCAUCUGGCCUUCCAUUUUCUUUGAUUGAGGAAAAGACCACAGCCUCUUUUAGUUGCCUGGUUACAGCUUCCUCGGAGUAUUCAAUGGGUCUCCUUCAAGCUGACACAGAGCACCGAGCUAUUAAAGUCACUUUAUUAAACACUGACAGAGGAGCUGCACCAGGCGGAAGCAGUUCACUGGACCCAUGUCAGCCAAACAGUCCUACGUAAGACAUGAUUGCUGAGGAUGCUUGAUGACGCACAGCAACUUUCCUUUUGACUUGCACUGGCUUGUGAUAGUUACAUCACAGCAAGCAGUAUUUUUUUUUUUUUCUUAAAAGAGCAUUUUCAGAAGUUGUAGCAGGGAAAGCACAGGCGUGUGUAGCUACAUUCAUAUUGGCAGCAUGUCAUUUGCCUGUGUCAAGGCCAGUUAAUAUUGCAUGCUUUAUUGCAAGGACACCGGGAGGAAAGGCUUUAUUAAAGGAACAGUUUCAUAUUUUGGCAAAGACACAAGAGUCAGAUUGGAAAUUUCAUUUCAAUUCUCUUGCCUGAAAAGCAAAUAUGAGAUGGAGCCAGGAACCGAAGACACUUUAAAAUCUGAUCCAGAUCACCAGAGACGAAACCUUUUUGUUUCUGCUUCACAGUCAGAUCACAUAUUAGCCAUGGGUUUGGUUUUGUUUCUGCUAUUUUAAAUCCCUUUAUUAUUUUUUUUCCAAGAAUGGAUGAUAUUGAACGGUUAAUGUGCGUUCACAGACCAUUCAGCUGGGGGAACAGUGCACCCUGGAGUAGCGCACUCCCAGCAGACAAUAUAUAAGACCACCUGCAGAAGCUGUUUAUAGCUUAAAGGUUGGAACAUUUGGUUUCUGUUCAAGAUCGCCUGAAGUAUAAAAAUUACCUUUGCACAGAGUCAAGUCUUUUCCAGCCUUUAUAUAAAAACAUAGCAGAUAAAA